AUGAGAUCAGCCAGUAUGCGCCAUCCUGAUGACAAUGGAUCGCCACCGGGCAGAAGCGUGGUAUUCUACGCUACUAAUGAUGACUACUAUCGAAAAGUGAAACGCUUAAAUAUACUCUUUAAGGAUAUUGAAGAAACCUAUAGAGAUUUGAUGAUCGUCUUAUCUGGGGUGGCUGAGACAAAAGAUACACCUGAAAUUAAAACGGCGGUGCAGAUGGAGCGUUAUAUAUUAGUUGAUAAUCUUGAGAACGUUAGGAAUAAAGCUCAAGAAUAUGUAGAACUGGGGAAUAUUUUCGAUGAGUACGCUGCGAUAACAAGAGAGAUUCAAGGCAAAGACAUGACGCCGGCAAGGUCAGCUGAACUGAUUGAAGCUCUGGCGAAUAUACAAGAAAGAUUCAAAGAUAAAGAAGAAUUAGCAUUUGUCACAUUACAAUUAAAAGAUGUAUCGUGUUAUGAAAGAACGCUAAUAAAAGCAAGAAAGUUCGUUCAAAAACUUAAGGCUCAACAACCAACGCCAUCUCAAUCUCUCGAUGAAUCAUUAUCGGGAUUAAACAUCGAAUGCCCGCAAGCAUUCGAAGGAGAUGCAACGGGCGAUAUACAAUUAAUACUCAGCGUCGUAACGAAACCUGUCAUGCCAUCGGAUGCAGAGAAUGAAGUGAUGCGGCAAUUCCAUGACGAUCAGGAUCUCCUAACAACGGUGGAUAAAAUUAAGCCAGAAACAAAGCAAAGAGACGAUGUUGUACACGGGUGUUUAAUGAAAGGCUCUGAUACAGAAACAGUCACUACUGCCUCCCAUUUAAAUAUUAAUUUGGCUCCCGAGUAUAUACAGUAUAAGAACGACCUGUACACUGACGAUUUGAAAAUGAUCAGCUAUGUAUGGGACAUUUAUAACCGUUACAACGCUAUCAGUGACACUCUGAUCAAGAUAGGUCCAAAGGCACCCCAAGCAGCAAUAUUCGUAGGGGAGCAACAGAGACUAGCGUCAGCGUUCGAAGACUACGCACCACUAUUGGAGACGAUACCAUCAGAGGGGAUUAAUGGAGAAGCAUUGUCUAUGUUGUCUCAUUUACGGUCAUUAAAAGGCAUUAUAAAGGCAGCAAGCAUUUCUGAUAACGACAAUAUAAGCGUUGAGUACGCGGAUUCAUCGAAGUCAAAUCCUAGUGCCCAAUAUGCGCAGGACAACUCUGCUGCGAGUGAUGACACCAUUGCUCCAAUUUCUUCAACGAUACCUUGUAACCCUACGCCAAUUGUGAUCAUAUCGUCACCGAAUACAAGCACCUAUAAUGAAUCCACGGCUGAAUUGAAGGAUGUCGUUGGAUUAGGGGCACCACAGGAAUGUGAGAGAGUCAUCAUUACGUGCGCUACAAAACCCGUCUCUUCAGGAUUUGUGGCAUUGAGUACCAAUGUUAUGCACAAUGUUAGCGCUUUAUGUGUCAUAGGAACUCUGAUUUCGGGUAUCCAUAUAUAA